UCUUACUGUUCCCUGCAGGGCUUCCCUCUGCACGACGUGGAGACGCACGACUGUGAGGCUCUCGAGGGCUCAACUUGGACCACGAUGGGGCUGGGUUGCAGCCCCCUAACGGGGCUCUCAUCUGGGGUGGUGGCCGGGGGUCACCCUCCACGCUGCCUGUGUCUCGGAGCCCCCCCACCUCUCCCCUGUCGAACGAGGCCCUCCCCAGGGCCUGGAGCCCGCCAUGAACGGCCUGUCGGUAACUGAGCUCUGCUGCCUCUUCUGCUGCCCGCCCUGCCCCGGCCGAAUUGCUGCCAAGCUCGCCUUUCUGCCACCAGAGCCCACCUACUCACUGGUGCCUGAGCCAGAGCCAGGGCCUGGCGGGGCUGGGGCAGCUCCCUCAGGGACCCUGAGGGCUUCUGCUGGCACCCCUGGGCGCUGGAAGCUCCAUCUUAUGGAGCGCGCUGACUUCCAGUAUGGCCAACGUGAGCUGGACGCCAUUGAGGUCUUCCUGACCAAGAGUAGCCGUGGCAACCGUGUGGCCUGCAUGUAUGUGCGCUGUGUGCCCGGUGCCAGGUAUACGGUUCUCUUUUCGCACGGCAAUGCAGUGGACCUGGGCCAGAUGAGCAGCUUCUACAUCGGUCUGGGCACACGCAUCAACUGCAACAUCUUCUCCUAUGACUACUCUGGCUACGGAGUGAGCUCGGGCCGGCCCUCGGAGAAGAACCUCUAUGCUGACAUCGAUGCUGCCUGGCAGGCCCUGCGCACCAGGUAUGGCAUCAGCCCAGACAGCAUUGUCCUGUAUGGGCAGAGCAUCGGCACGGUGCCCACGGUGGACCUGGCUUCGCGCUAUGAGUGCGCUGCGGUGGUGCUACACUCCCCGCUCACCUCGGGCAUGCGUGUCGCCUUCCCGGACACCAAGAAGACCUACUGCUUUGAUGCGUUCCCCAACAUCGAGAAGGUGUCCAAGAUCACGUCACCGGUGCUUAUCAUCCACGGCACGGAGGAUGAGGUGAUCGACUUCUCGCAUGGCCUGGCGCUCUACGAGCGCUGCCCCAAGGCCGUGGAGCCGCUGUGGGUGGAGGGCGCAGGCCACAACGACAUCGAGCUCUACAGUCAGUAUCUGGAGCGCCUGCGCCGCUUCAUAUCCCAGGAGCUGCCCAGCCAGCGUGCCUAGCAGUGGCCUGUGCCUCCAGGCCAAGCCAAGCAGCACCAAGCCGGGACCUCAGCAAUAAAGUGGCUGCUGGACCUCGCCCCGCCCGGGGACUGCAUGUGAACCCCUGGUCGACCCAGGCAGCCCCUGUCCAGGGUCCGUGGACUUUGUAUAGGUGAUGGAGCGCUACACUCCUUUCCUUUUGGAAGCUAAAAGAAGGAAAAACGUGAAAAAAAUUAAAGAUUUAAAAUUUUA